GGAUUGAAAGAGAUUUUGUUCAUUUUCCAUAGUUUUUCUUCUUCUUUUCAAAGAGGGAAAACACAGAGAGAGAGAGAGAUGCAUACUCCUACCCAAGCGUAAGUGGAACUGUGGAAGAAUUUUGGGAGACAAAUCAAGAUUUUUCUUCACUCACGUUUGCAUUACCUUCCAUAGAUCUCAGAUUCCUCUUCAGAUCCUCGUAAUUGACCUUCCCCAGAUCUCGAUUCGACUGUAAUUGAGGGGGCCGGUCUACGAACCGGUUAUAUAGUUCCUUUUUGCACUAAACACCUCUGGAUCUGAUCGAGCUCUCUCACGGUUUCAAAACCAACCCAAUCAUGAAUCCCUUUUCGUCUGGGACGCGUCUAAGGGACAUGAUUCGGGCAAUACGUGCUUGCAAAACUGCUGCAGAAGAGCGUGCUGUUGUUAGAAAAGAAUGUGCUUCUAUUCGUGCAGCAGUCAGUGAUAAUGAUCAAGAUUAUAGACACCGUAACUUGGCAAAGCUCAUGUUCAUUCACAUGCUAGGAUAUCCCACACAUUUUGGCCAAAUGGAAUGCCUAAAGUUAAUAGCAGCUCCUGGAUUUCCCGAGAAGAGAAUAGGAUAUCUUGGACUUAUGCUGCUUCUUGAUGAAAGACAAGAAGUUCUGAUGCUGGUCACCAAUUCACUAAAGCAAGAUCUUAACCAUACCAACCAAUAUAUUGUGGGACUAGCUCUUUGUGCUUUGGGCAACAUAUGUUCUGCAGAAAUGGCUCGUGAUCUUGCACCUGAAGUCGAAAGGUUGCUGCAAUUUCGAGAUCCAAAUGUCCGGAAGAAAGCAGCAUUAUGCUCAAUAAGGAUUGUAAAGAAAGUCCCCGACCUUGCAGAAAAUUUUGUAAACCCUGUUGUUUCCUUGCUUAAAGAAAAGCAUCAUGGAGUUCUUUUAACUGGAAUCCAGCUCUGUAUAGAUCUCUGUAAACUUAGUGAAGAGGCUCUUGAAUAUUUCAGGAAGAAAUGCACAGAGGGCUUGGUGAAAGUUCUGAAGGAUGUUGUGAACAGCCCAUAUGCUCCUGAAUACGACGUUGGUGGGAUUGCAGACCCUUUUCUCCAUAUAAGACUGCUCCGUCUUUUGCGCGUCUUAGGCCAUGGAGAUGCUGAUGCUAGCGAUUGUAUGAAUGACAUUCUAGCUCAGGUGGCAACAAAAACUGAGUCGAACAAGAAUGCAGGGAAUGCCAUACUUUAUGAAUGUGUAGAAACUAUUAUGAGCAUUGAAGAUAAUAGUGGCUUGCGUGUUCUUGCAAUCAACAUUUUGGGGCGAUUCUUGUCUAACCGCGACAACAAUAUCAGAUAUGUUGCGUUGAACAUGCUGAUGAAAGCAGUUUCAGUAGAUGAUCAAGCAGUGCAGAGACACCGCGUCACAAUCUUAGAAUGUGUAAAGGAUUCAGAUGCUUCAAUUCGUAAAAGAGCUCUUGAACUUGUAUAUCUCCUUGUGAAUGAGAGCAACGUACAACCUUUGACCAAGGAGUUAAUUGAUUAUCUACAAGUAAGUGACCAGGACUUCAAGGAAGAUCUUACUGCAAAAAUUUGCUCCAUUGUGGAAAAGCUUUCCCCGGACAAGAUUUGGUACAUUGACCAGAUGCUCAAGGUUCUCCCCCAGGCUGGAAAUUACGUAAAGGAUGAAGUAUGGCAUGCUCUUAUUGUUGUGAUAACCAAUGCUUCUAACCUCCAUGGGUACACAGUAAGGUCACUCUACAAGGCAAUCCAAACAUCAGGUGACCAGGAAACACUUGUUCGUGUAGCUGUAUGGUGCAUCGGAGAAUAUGGUGACAUGUUGGUCAACAAUAUUGGAAUGCUUAAUGUGGAGGAACCUAUUACUGUAACUGAGAAUGAUGCUGUGGAUGUUAUUCAAAUUGCAAUCAAGCGCCACACAUUGGAUCUUACUACCAGAGCUAUGUGUUUGAUUGCUUUAUUAAAGCUGUCUUCUCGUUUCCCUUCUUGCUCACAGAGAAUAAAGGAUAUCAUUACUCAAUCUAAAGGAAGCCUUCUGCUUGAACUGCAGCAGAGAUCCAUCGAAUUCGAUUCUAUAAUUGAAAAGCAUCAGAACAUAAGGUCUGCACUCGUUGAAAGGAUGCCGGUGCUUGAUGAAGCAACUUACAGUGGAAGGAGGGCUGGUUCUAUGCGUGCAACUGUAUCAACUUCACACGGAACUGCACUAAAUCUUCCCAAUGGAGUUGCCAAAACAGCUGCAGCCCCUCUAGUAGACUUGCUCGAUUUAGGAGCAGAGGAACCUGCAGCGCCUAGCUCUUCAGGUGGCAACUUCCUUCAGGAUCUUCUUGAUGUUGAUACAUCCUCUUCAUCACAAUCAGGUACAACCCAGCCUCAAAAGAGUGGCACAGAUGUUCUGCUGGAUCUACUGUCAAUCGGGUCGCCUUCUCCUCAAAAUGGUUCAUCUGCACCUGAUAUAUUGUCUAUAAGUAAAGAUAAUAGAACUUCAGUUAGUGCAUUAGAUAGUCUUUCCUCAGCUAUAGGACCAUCUGUACAAGCCUCUUUCACAGCAGGAGAUGCCCCUAUGAUGGACUUACUAGCUGGAUUUGGUCCUAGCCCUCCAGCUCCACCACCUACAGAAGACAAUGGUCCUGCAUAUCCACCGAUGGUUGCUUUUGAGAGUAGCUCUUUGAGGAUAAUGUUCAACCUUUCGAAGCAACCUGUAAGUCCACAAGUAACCCACAUUGAGGCAAUCUUUACGAACAAGUCUUCUGAUGUCUAUACAGAUUUCAUUUUCCAGGCAGCAGUCCCAAAGUUUCUUCAGUUGCAUUUGGAACCUGCUAGUGGUAAUACUCUUCCGGGAAGUGGUAAUGGCUCAAUAACUCAGAAGUUGCAAGUUACCAACACUCAACAUGGCAAGAAAUCAAUUGUGAUGCGCAUACGAAUAAGUUACAAGUUGAAGGGCAAAGAUAUGUUGGAGGAAGGACAGAUCAGCAACUUCCCACGCGACCUUUGAUCCAUGUGUAGUUUUUGGUUUGAUGUAUGUUUGUUGUGUUACAAUACAUUUGAUGAGGUUAUAGCAAUCAGGAUUUGUACAUGAACAUGGAAGGAAAAGAGUCCUAAAUUUUGUCAUCAUAGACAGACACUGACAGAUAGAUUGUCAUUUGAGAAGCUUUGUUUGUUGAAAUGAAAUUAUCCAGGUCCAAGUCUCUGCUUUUCUCUUCUU